AUUUUUUUUACCUUUCAAAUCUCGUUCCCGGGGCAGCCUGUGGGAAUGCGGCGCUCUGGUUGGUCAGACAGCACAAGCCGUAAAGAUGGCGGAACUUCCCGAUUUGGGACAACAGUGCAGCGUGAGUUCGUGUAAACAACUCGAUUUUCUUCCGUUCAAGUGCGAUGCCUGCUCAGGAAUAUUCUGCAAGGAGCAUCGAUCCAGGGAUAGCCAUUCCUGUUCUGAGUGUAACAUUCAGCGAUCUACAGUUGAGGUGACCAGUCCUAAGAGCUACCCCUGUACCUACCAAGACUGUACCAACAGCGAGCUCAUGCCGGUUAUAUGUGAACACUGCAGCAAAAACCUCUGUCUACAACACAGGCACCAGCAGGACCAUGGCUGUGAGAAGUUCCAGGCUCCUCAAGAAAGGAUGACACAAACCAAGGAGCUCAUCCAGAAAAUAGCCGAUUCUAAAAAGGACACAGGAGAGAAGAAGAAGAAGAAAACAGGAGCGAAGUCUGCCCAGAUGGCGGCUAAGGUGGCACUGAUGAAACUGAAGAUGAAAGCCGAGGGGGACAAGUCCAUACCACAGACAGAGAGGAUAUAUUUGCAAGUGUUCCUUCCCAAGGGAGGUGCUGAGAAGAGUAGAGCCAUGUUCUUCUCCAGCCAAUGGACUGUCGGCAAGACUGUGGACAAAAUAGCUUCCGUCUGCAAGCUCAGGAAUGACAACAAUGUUGCAACUGCCAAGAAAUUACGACUGUGUCACUCUGAGACUGGAAACGUUUUUCCCAUUGCUGAUAAACUGAACUUACUCCUCAAAGCCACCGAGCCGGUUUACAAUGGCGGGAAUGUUGUUCUGGAGUAUGUGGACAAUGAGUGUACAUGCUUGUCUGAAGUAGAGGACUACAUCUCUUGAUGAUUCUGAACGGAUAUGGAUUCUGGAAUAACAAGAUUGCUUGUGCACAACAAAGUGCUUUACUCCUCUGAGGUUUCGGUGACCAAUUGUACUGUUCACCUCAGGACAAUACUGACUGGUUCUACUCUAAUCUCCAAGCAUAUCUCGCGUGGCAUAAGAUAGUAUCAUAAGCUGGGGAAGGAGUUUAGCCGGCAGAGGAGAUAAUUGGCCACCGUAGCUAGAUGUCGAUGCUUCUGUAUGAAGAAUGCGGUCCCAAAUGUGACAGACGGUCUCCAAAACGUCGGCUAGGUAAAAAAGACUCUUUCUUCACAACCCUUUUUUUUUGUUUCCACUGACGUUUCAGAGACCGUCUGUCACCUUCUUCAGGACAAUUCUGACUGGUUCAUAACUACAGCUACAGGUGUUGCUGCUUACAGAUGCGGUCAGAAACGUAAAGAAUUUGCAUAUAUCAUCUACUUCUUAAGAAUGUGGUCCCAAACAUGACUGAGCCUAUACACAACUUAUCACGGUUGUUGCUGGUAAUCAGUGACUUACAAGGCAGAUGAUAGUAUCCACAGUAUUUGCGGUCAUGUCUAGAUUUUCUUCAUCCAUAUGGUACAACUUUCUUCUCUAUACGCAAAGUGAACUCCCCGUUUGGAGUUUGUUUCUGUGUGUGCAAAGACGUAAAGAUGCAAUUGUUGCAGGAAUGGGAGAAAAUGUGUCGAUAAGUUUCUGCUUUGUACAAUAAUGUGCAUUGGCUAGAUGCUGCUCAAUGUACAGUGUUGAAUACGUAUAGAGUAAAAUAAAAAGCAAAGGAAA